UAACUUCCGGCCACGCGCUCCCGUCUUCUACCUGCCUUUCGUGAAUCAAAUCCCGUGUACAGGUUACAGUCGCUCCCGUGUCCAAACACAACCUCCAUGUUCGUCCAGAAGGUGUGGAUUUAUCGUCCUCAUUGGAACCACGGCUGGCAUAUUGUUUGUGCAAAGGCUCCGCCCGGCGAACGGUGCUAAAGUGGCUGGCAGAGUUUCGUGAAGGGUCCGACAGCCGUGGUAGUCGGGGGACGGUGUUACCCCCCACACUGGACAAAGAAAGAAGGGGGGAGAUAAGGGAUUUAAUUGCAAAAUGGAACGAGAAUUAAUGGAUAACUACCUCCUCUCGCUGCUUUGGGCGACGCUCAUGUUCGGUGGGUGCUUGGCCCGAGUGGUGACAGUAUCUCCAGGCCCACUGAUUCGUGUGGAGGGUCAGCCGGUCUCCAUCAGAUGUGAUGUCGUUGACUACAUGGGGCCUCGUGAGCAGGACUUUGAAUGGAUGAUGUCCAGGGAGGCCAACGGACAGCAAAUAAAAAUCAUAUCUACCUUUGAUGCCACCUACUCCCAUGCAUCUCUCAGCAAGCGUGUGGCAUCAGGUGACAUCUCAGUGAUGCGUCUCCAGGACAACACGGUGGAGUUGAAGAUAGCAGAGGCCAAGUCACAAGACGCUGGCUUCUAUAUGUGCCAAACACCGAGCACUGACUCUGUCAUCAGUGGCAAUUACGAUGCUCAGGUCCAACUCAUUGUCAUCCCAAACACGCUGAUGGUGAACCCUCAGACCCCUCCCUCUGUCGUCCCUGAGGGUAGUGAUGUUACUCUCUCCUGCAACGUCACCAGAGAACUCACACAGCCCACCUACUUAUCAGUCACCUGGUCGCUAAAAAAGGGAGGAACAUCAGAGGAAAUUUUAACUUUUGGCCCUCAGGGUAAUGUGGUCACAGGUGCCAAGUAUGCGCGUCGUUACGCUGAUGGAGCCAUCCGUUUAGCACCCGGGAAGAGUGGAUUGUUUGAAUUGGUAAUUUCCAGAGUGACAACAUCUGAUGAAGGGAUUUACGAAUGCAAUGGAACAGAGUGGACACAUGAAAAUGGAGGAAAAUGGAUUCAAAUUGUGGGAAGCGCAAAGGAAAUGGGAACUGUUGCUGUUACUCCAACAGGUCAGUCUCUCAGUGUGAAGGCUUCUUCGUUGUCCUCUGCACCCUCCAUGAAUCUGCACCUCACACCUGGUGACAAACUGAUGCUGCUUUGCUCGGUCACUGCCGACAACCUGCCCUCCUUGUCCCUGGAAGUGUCCUGGCUGGCCAACGGCCGGGAUAUCAUCACCAUGGAGCGCAGUGGGGUCGUGAUCGCCAAUAUGUCUGCCAGCUCAGUGCAAGGAAAUCACGAAGAGGCGAGUAUAGAGAGGACUGGGGCCAAUGAGUACAGGUUAUCAGUGAGACAGGUGAGCACCGAGAACGAUGGAGCAUAUGCUUGCCGCAUUCGGGCCUUCAUCGAGAAAGGAGGCAAGAGCUCUGGAGGAGGAGGACGGUGGCACAUGGCAGCUGAGAAGACGUCAAGCCCAGUGAUGGUGAAGGUGUUGCAGAUCAAACCAAGCUUCAUGCUGGAUAUUGAGACCAUCGUUCACCCCCAAAUGACCAGUGAACCGACAGAGUUGGCUUGUCAUGUAACCAAUAUUACACACCUACCCUUGGGAAGCCGGCUGGGUGUUACAUGGGAGCACAUUGCACUUCCUGGAGCUGCCAGCGAACCUAAGGCUGCAAAUCCUAUUGGCUCUAUAGACGCCUAUGGCAAUCUGUUGCCUGGUGCUAUAUAUUCUGAAAGACUGGAGACCGGCAUGAUGUCACUAACAAGAGUCCAGCCUGACACUUUCAAACUGCGAAUCCUCCGCACGCAGGAGAUCGACAUGGGUCAGUACAUUUGUGCUGUCUCUGCAUGGAGCAUUAACAGUCAAGGCAAUGUACUGAAGACUGCUGAGCAUCAGAGCUUGCCAAUGACUGUGCGAUGGGAUGCUAAACGUCCAUCACUGAACGUUGUAGCCAAACGCAUUCGCGAGGCUUCUGUGGGCGGUGCUACAUUUGAGAUAAGCUGCACAGUGGUGACCCAAAACCUUGGUGAAGCGGGAUAUUCAGUUCUUAUCCAGUCACAAGACAGCCUGCAAAGCAAUGUGAGAACCAUUAUGACCCUUAGCCCCGACAGUGUGGUGCAGCACGGAGGAGCCACAGACCCCAACAGGAGAGACAGCCUAGUUUUGACAAAAUCCGGCCCAGCUGAGUUUAGGUUUCGCCUCGGUGGGGUCCAGUUGUCAGAUCGAGGUUUCUAUUGGUGUGACAUCACUGCAUGGACAAAGCAACAGCCCGGUCAAGCAUGGACCAGAGCCACGAGUGCAGAAUCCAACAAAGUCAAGGUCGACUUUCAAGAAAACGGACCCUCCUUUUCGAUCGCCAUUCAUUCAGACACCAGCACGGUUUAUCCCUGGCAAACGGCCAAGAUGAAGUGUUCCCUUCGCGUUUCCGGAUCCUCACCAAGGACCGACCACCUGGCCUAUGAGGUGCGUUGGUUUUUCACCCGACUUCGAGGUGGGCAGACGACGACACAGGUAGCCAGCGUUGACCGCUUUGGAGUGGUCAGAAAAGAGUAUCGCAACUCCUCCAGUGAUGUUUCCAUCGAGCGUCAGGACACACACUCUUACACAUUGAAUGUCCAUGGUGCACUUGACACUGACAGCGGAGAGUACCACUGUGUCGCCACUCCCUGGUACCUGUCUGCCUCCACAGGAGCCUGGACUCAAGCUGGGGAGUUGACGUCAUCUCGAAUAUUCCUUACAGUGCGAUUCGCCGUUUGGGAAUCCCUAAAGUUGCCUCUCUUGUAUGGCGUUUCAGCAUCGAUAGGCGUGGGCCUCUUCUCGCUUGUCCUAGGCCUGGUUUGCGCCCAGUGCUGCUGUCGCAACGCCGCGCACACUCCGCGCUCACGCAACAAAUUGAUGGACCUGGAGAUGGACUGACAAAUACUUCCCCCUGCGCCCUCACACUGCAGUGCUCCCAAGAAACAGCAGAUGCACAAUAAACACGCUCCUGUCAAUGACUUGUGGGACACCCAGUUGCUUCCAAGCAAAGGCCGUUGGGAGUAAAAUGGGUGCUGCGUUUCUUUGGGAGCCUAAGAGAAGCCAAUAUAUUGCUUCCUGCUGUACUCUGAACCAUUUCAGCUCUGCAGUGAGGAGCAGGGAUUCCUCCUUUAUUCUUUUUUUUUUGUUUGUUUGUUUUUACUUUUACAGACACAGGAGAGUUCACUGCCAUUUGGGAAUAAAGGACCACUUAUCUACCCAACACUAACAAAUGAACAGCUCAGGCUGCCCCGAUGCAAACGACAGCCACAUUUUGAAUGCACAGAAUGGGGAUUGUUGGACUUAAUGGGUUUGAAAUGGAACUUCAUGGUUAGGUCCCUCAGCCAACGAGACAGUGUGACUGUUGAGUCAGCAUGAGUUUUGUUUCUUUGGCGAAAAGGUAUUGCACUACCAACCCUGAGUGUUCCUAAUUUAACAAAUGGAUGAUAACUGUCUUUUAUUCUCUGCUCUAGUUUUUUGGAAAAAGUUAACUGAUUUUAAAGUGGGAGCGAGAAUUCUAUGCUUCCUAAGGAGACAUGCCGUGUGUGUUUGCGUGUGUAUGAGUCCUGUCACUUCUCGAGGAAUUUUUUUGUGAGUGUGCAUGUUGUGUUUUAUAGCACUAAGUGAGCAGCGGGAGCAGUUUUCAGGUUUACAUCAAACGCUUCUAAAAGUUGCUGUCGCUCUCAAAAAGGAAUUGCUCCUUUUAAUUUUCCACUGGUACAGAUCAUCUCACCCUCCAACAAUGAUUGCCUCCUCCAUCUUUCCUGUGUUUGAGCAAGGCCAAGCCACCAUAUUUCUUUUUUUUUUUUUCUUUUUUUUUUUUUUUUAAACCCACUUACAAUGCUGCUUUGAGAUACGGUUUUAAUUUGUCCCUUGAACUCAUUCAUUACUCAAAACUCUCAAACCAUCUUUACCCAUUAUAAUAAAUAGAAAUGCUCUUAAUCUGUUAAGUCCUCACUAGAAAUAAAAAUAAAAAAGUUUUUUUUUAAGGGAAAUUACACUAUCAUACAGUACCUUAUAAAACAAUACUAACCUGGAUAGAAUUUUUUUUUGCUGAAAUGGUUUGUGAAUCAUGAUGGAUUAUUGCGAUUUGUAUAUGAAUUAGCCACCGGGAGGACAAAUUAAUACUGGCAUGAAGAUACAACUAUGUACUAUAACUGUGACUAACUAAACAGUAAUAUUUGUCGCUAUUUGCAGAGUAUAAAGAAUAUACAGUAUACUAGGUAAUACUGUUAUGUUGUCUAUCUAAAAGUUAAUGCAUCAUUUGCGUUUAAAUUAUGACACCGCAAUUACUAAUGGUAUUCAGUAGCCUGGCUACUGAGUUUAAUAUUGUGUGAUAGCAAAAAGCAAGUUUAAGGCAAGGUUUGAACUUACGUUGUUUCAAAUACAUGACAGUAAAGCUCUUUGGGUCUUUUUUUUUUUUUCCCGUUCGUUUUGUAUUUAGUUUGACAGUAGAAUUUCACUGAGAAAAGUAAACUUUGAGCAAUUCAUUAUAUAUUCCCUGCUUGUUGCAGGGUAAAUUGAGUUGAGUUCACUGCCACCAUACACUGCUCUUGUGUUUCUUUUCAAGUCAAAGCAAAAACUAAGCCAAAUGAGUUGUGGUGUCAUUAAACCUAAUGAUUCUGGUUACUCACUGUACUGUAGUUGGAUCGUAUUGGUAUGUUGCGUGAACACGGCAUCGAUAUUUCACAAAUGUAACGCCAUCAUUUUUGGAUCAAAGGUGCAAGCAGUGUGCAACUCCGAUGGACUUUCACAGAGAUUUCAAAUAGUAUUCCAAGCAACCAGAAAUACUAUUUGAACUUUGAGGAGCAAUAUUGUGUGGUCGUUAAUUAUUUUUCGCCCUGAGUCAGAGUCCUCAGGGUCUGAUAGACGGCGCCUGUGAAAGUGCAGCUACACUCUUCAAAUGGAGCGCUAUAUGCAACCACUAUUUUUUCACACAUAUAUUGCAAUACAUUUACAUAUUCUGUGCCAAAUUGUCAAGUUAAACAAAUGCCACUGACAAACUCCCUUCUUUUCAUGUACUGUCAUUUAAUUGUAAUGAGAUGUUUUUUUUUAAUGAACAGAAGUGUAAAAGGCUGAUUCUAUAUAUAACGCCUAUUUUCUUCAACAUGCAGUUAUAAUAAAAGUGGCUGUCUCUUGAUGUGUGUGAUUUGCUUGGCACAGACAAGAUGGAUUAGUGUGUAAAUAAAGCCAUGGGUGUCGGGUGUUAUCCCUGUCCAACCCGCGUUCGCCCCCUCGCACAGCUGAAAAUGAGUUUUUCCAGAGGAUCUGAUGUGGUUGUGAGUGGAGUUCCCACACGGGGGGAAUAUGGGCUACAUUGGUUUUUGUCAGAAUGUGCGGUUCAAGCCAUCAAUCAUUUUUAACCAACUUCUGAAACUCUCCUCACUGUUUCAUAAUUCAACACUGGGCCGCAUUUUACUGUCUCCCAUCCUCUUGUUAGUCUUACGGGAAUCCACUCUGCGCGUAUAUUCUUUUAUUCUCCAUUUGUCUCCGGCUUCUCUUUCUCUGCUACACUUCAACACAUCUUUCAUUGCCCCUCCACAUUAUACCAAUUCCUCUCCUCUCACUCUUGAUUGAAAAUGCAGAUGAGACCCGGCUGUUCUCCCGGGCUUUGAUUUUAGCACCUCUUCAACGCCGGUUUUUCCAUCCAUCCUGCUCCCACUCAUUUGCAUCUUAUGUGGAGAGAAGUGGAUCGGGUGUCGUCUGGUA